CAGUUUAAUGCGCUUUGGGGAAAUGGACAGCAAAAAAUAAAAUAAAUAGGCAUAAAAUAUCUGGUCAUGACAUGUUUAGAGAAAAGUAUUUAUUAUAUACGAAAUAAUUAUUCAAGUUAAAGACACUAUAUUAUUUGUGUGAUGCAAAAUAAAACUUCUCGGGAAAGUUGUUCGGAAAUACUGAGUACAUUUUUGGUUGAAAACUCAGAUAAAGACAAAAUAUCAGCACCAACUGAAUCAUUGGCUGAUAGUAUUAAUGGAGAGAUAGAAAGAAAAAUAUUUGGAAAUAACAUAGCUCCUUACGAGAAAAAAUAUUUUGCUCUCCUCCAACGAUGUGAAAUUUUAAAGCAAAACAAUGAAAAGCUUAUUAAUAGGAUAUAUUAUGUAAAGAAACUUCUAAGAAGAAGAAAAAAAGAAAGAAAGUUUUUAAUUGAUCGCUUAGAUGGCUAUGGAGAUGAUUACAGAAGUGCUGCGGAAUCAAUCUACUCAGAAAUUAUUUGUGAUAAUACUCCACCUUCAACUCCACAGCAUCAUACUAAAGCAGAUCCAUCUCACGUGAAGCAUGAAGUGGAAUCUUAAACAUACUUUAUAUUUUAAAUUGUUUGUGUCUAAAUCAGACUUAAUACCUGUGUUAUUAUUUUCAUGUUUUGUAUAAAUAUCUAGUUUGUGUU